AUGGAAAAAUCGUUCAAAAUAGUUGAAUUAGGACAAAUUGAUACCGUGUCUUGCCCCCAGGUAGAUGCUAAAAGCCAUUGGAAGAAGACGCCACUUCAUGAAGCAGCUGAAAAUGGCAAAGUGAAUGCAGUUCGUGUUCUUAUCGAACUUGGUGCAAAUAUUUUUUCAGAAGACUCAAUGAAACAUACACCUCGUCAAGUAGCCGAAACGGAGGGUAAGACGGAAGUGGCUCAAAUCUUGAAGGAAGCUGAAGACAAACAAUAUAUAUGAAUAAAAAUGGGACGGACAAAGCAUGCUGGAGAUGGGAUGUUUCAAAAUAUAUUAUUUACAUAAUACCUAUGCAAUUUUCCCAAAUAUUACU